AAGCCGGAGAUAGAUGGCGGUAGCUCCAGUUUCUUAUCUUAUCAUGGACACAAGCACCUUCAAUCAACAUACCCACCUCAUAUAUUAUUCAGACUUGCCAUCAUCCCCAAGAGUAUUGCCUUGACGCUUUUUCGAUAGUUCAUUUUCGUUUGAUUCUAAUCAAGAAAUAUUCUGAUAAUACACUUCCCGCCUACGUCUGCUCACGAUUGAAUACCGCAACCAAACACCGGACAGUCCGAGAAACCGAGGCCUGCGCGACAGCUCUUCGAACGGUUGUUCCAGGCCUCGUUCUUUUCUUGAUAUAUCGCCUGGGUUCACUCCAUGCAACCGUUGGCGUCCGAAACAACAUCUCCCUCCCGGCGAAGGCCGCGGCUAGACUCAUCGUCCUCAGCAUCACCUCCCCUUGGCGCCUCCAAGCGAGCGCGCUUCGAAAUGACCACCGCCAAAGCGCGGGGCAAGCUCCCCGAGACCAUCGACCUAACGCAGCCACCUUCUGCGUUCAAGCCUUAUGCUGGUUCCAAGAAGCUUGUUAUCAAGAACCUGCGAGCGCCCACGAGUCGAGAUACCCAGGUCGCGGAGUACUAUAAACGGACGGAGAAGGAGCUCGAGGAUUCCCUAGAGGCUGUCUUUGCGGGACGGACACCUGAUGUCCCCUUAGAAAGGCUGUACAGGGGUGUUGAGGAUGUCUGUCGAAAGGGGGAUCCCGCGAAGGUGUACCAAAUGCUCAAAGAGAGAAUUGAUGUACACUUGCAGCGGAUUGUGCUACCUAGAAUCCAGAAGAAUGGACAUGCUUCGAACCUCGAUACUGUGAAGAGCGCACUAGCGGAAUGGAAGACUUGGAACACACAAACAGUAGGCUGGAUGUUUCUAUAUGGGUUUGAGAUGCUAAGAAUUACUUGCAGAUAUUGAUCAGAUCAACAUUCAGCUACCUCGACCGAACAUAUUUACUACAGAAGAAUCUUGCAUCUAUAAACGAUAUGGCGAUCCAGCAGUUCAGAAAGAUGGCAUUCCCAUCCCAGACUCAAGCCUAUAAAACCUCCGUCGGCGUGAAGCUAAUCGCAGGUGUUUGCGAUUUGGUUGAGAACGAUCGAAGAGGCAUCGACCAAAUCGAACCUGCAUUACUGAAAGAUUCUAUCAUGAUGCUUUAUGUUUUGGAGGUCUAUAUCAAGCACUUUGAGCCCUACUUUUUAGAGCAGUCUGAGAGAUACUUCAAAGAAUUUGGCGAAGCUUGGAGCACAUCAAGUCUCAAGGACUACAUUUUGGUUUGCGAGAAGUUACUGAAAAAGGAAGACUAUCGCUGCAUCCAAUUCAACCUCGAUAGUACGACAGAGAAGCAACUUAUGGACUCUGCGCACACCCAUCUCAUCACCAACUACUCAGAAAAGCUUCUCAACGGUGGCAACCUGGCGAAGCUGCUGGCUGAUAGAGAAGUUGAGUCAAUGAAGGCUUUGUAUGACUUGCUUCGGUUAUCAGGGAUCCAAAAGAAGAUGAAGGAUCCAUGGGGCGACUACAUUCGGUCAACGGGUUCGGCAAUCAUCAGCGACAAAGACAAGGGUGACCAAAUGGUUUUGCGCUUAUUAGAACUCCGUCGAUCACUCGACUUGAUGAUUCGAGAUGCUUUUCAUAAGGACGAAGACUUCCUUUGGGGCAUGAGGGAUUCUUUUGGGAAGUUCAUGAACGACCGCAAAGCUGCCUCUUGCUGGGACACGGGAACAUCCAAAAUCGGCGAGAUGAUCGCCAAAUAUAUCGACAUGCUUCUGCGAGGUGGCUUGAAGUCACUACCUAAAGAGCUUCUGUCAGAUGUGAAAGAUCGAGCGACAGCUGAGAAGGAAGGUCAAGCCAGCACUGGUGAUGAAGAUGCUGAGCUUGAUAGACAGCUUGAUCAGGCGCUCGAGCUGUUCCGCUUCAUCGAGGGCAAGGACGCCUUCGAGGCAUUUUACAAGAAAGACUUGGCUCGGAGAUUGCUCAUGGGACGAAGUGCCAGCCAAGAUGCUGAGCGCAACAUGUUAACAAAGCUUCGAGGAGAGUGCGGUGCGAAUUUUACACAUAAUCUGGAACAGAUGUUCAAGGAUCAGGAACUCGCCAAGGAUGAAAUGGAGUCUUUCAAGCAAUGGUGUCAAGGCAGUGCUGAGCGCAAGAAUCCUCUGGAUCUUUCCGUCAUGAUUUUGUCCGCUGCUGCAUGGCCAACUUACCCGGAUGUUCGUCUCAACCUGCCGGAUGAGGUUGCUACGCAGAUCGAGAGGUUUGACAAGUAUUACAAGAAUAAGCAUACAGGACGAGCCUUGACGUGGAAGCACUCAUUAGCUCACUGCUCCCUCAAGGGCAUCUUCGCCAAGGGGCCGAAGGAGCUUCUUGUAUCUGCAUACCAGGCUGUGGUUCUGAUGAUGUUCAACAGCGUGCCGGCUGAUGGAUUCUUGGCAUAUGAACAGAUCGCUACGGGAACCGGUCUUUCAGGCGGUGAUCUUGAUCGCACACUUCAGUCGCUCGCUUGCGGCAAAGCGCGAGUGCUAACCAAGCACCCGAAAGGCCGUGAUGUCAAGCCCACUGAUACGUUUACUUUUAACAAAACGUUUACGGAUCCCAAGUACAGAGUCAAGAUUAAUCAGAUCCAGCUGAAGGAGACAAAGGAGGAGAACAAGGCUACACAUGAAAGGAUCGCUCAGGACCGACGCUUUGAGACACAGGCAGCCAUCGUUAGAAUAAUGAAAAGUCGCAAGAGCAUGGGUCACAGUGACCUAGUGGCAGAGGUUAUCAACCUGACGAAGAAAAGAGGUAGUGUUGAGCCGGCGGCGAUUAAGAAGGAGAUCGAAAGUCUUAUUGAGAAGGAUUACAUCGAAAGAGAGGGCAAUUCCUACGUGUAUCUGGCAUAAGGCUUGGAUAGUAAUGGAGAUUGGUGAGGCAAGGCUAUCAGGCUCAACGCUGAAGACGGCAGUAGAAGGGUUUAUAGGUACAAGGCAACUACAUGCUACAACGACACAGACAUGUAUGUACCUAUACCAAUGAAUUUGAUUUUUAUAUCAGAAUAUGACUCCACCUCGGAGCAAACGACGGAAGCCGGGAAUCGAACAUCGAACAAAAAGAAACGAAGCAAGGGGGGACCAUAGGCGGCAAGGUAAGUAAUAGUUGAGUAACAUAUUGUUAACUGACUGAGCUACUUCGCUGAAUGAGUAGACAACUACUUUGAUAUAUAAUCAGGUGGUUCAUGUCUGCAAGAAGCCGAUGAUUGGUGGGAAUGGUGCGUUGGGGUUGAUGGGGCGUGGGUGCCUAGAGGGCUGAAGUGAUAUCCUUACUGUUUGCGAGCUUCACCAGUUCUCCCAAGCUUCUUCAAACUACUCUGAGCUUAAGUGAUUUUCAUAUGAGACAGCUUUGGUUUCCAGACGUGGAAAAACGUCAAUGGGUUGGGUAUAUAGACUCUCUAAUUGUAAAGAAAUCUUGAGAUGGAAAUAUGCCUAUAUCUAUAGCAUUUUUGCAGGAUCAAAGUCAACUAGGGGCAGAAUUAAAGCUUAAAAUUACAACUGUAACAGCAAUAUCAAUUAAGAAAGUCUUGCG